AUGAAUUUUACUGUUGGCGAAAUCGUCGAAGCCGUCGAUGAAUUUGGCGUAUGGGCAAGUGCGCGGAUUACUGAAAACAGAGGUGAUUCCGUGGUUGUUACGUUUCCUCAGUGGAAUUCCGAUUGGGACCGAGAAAUUACUAGUGCCUGCGAAGUAAGAAAGACGUCGAUCGAGGAACUGUUGGUUCCUCGCAGUCUUGCCAGUCAUAAGGUAAGUUGAAGCUCAUUUCUUGGUUUCUAGUUUUGAUCUCUUUCCGAUCACCUCGUACUUUUACGCGUGACUCGUUUUAAUAUUGUUGUAACAUUCCUAGAGUCCCAAUUUAAAGAAGCUUAUGGCUGGAGACAGUUUAUUUAGCAGGAAAAGAUGUCACAGUUUGCUUGUGCGAUCCCAUUUGAAAAACGGUAAGUCUUUGUUUUGUUUUUAAGGUUAACAUCUAUAUUGUCCUUACAUAUUUCCACCUACGUCCUUUAGUGCUAGUUUAGAGAAUUUAAAAAAAAACGAUGUGAUGUGAAGCCCCUGAAAGCAAAUCUUAAGUUUAUGAUUUUACAAAUCAAUACUUCUGUUGGAACUAAAAAGUAUGGUACUAGACUAACCCUAGACUUGAGCUUAUAGUUAGAUUACUUUGUUAUUCAGCCUCCUGAGUAUAAACUUGGAAAACUGAUUUAACAGUUGAAAACUGAUUGGGGGAUUUUGCUAUCUGGAAAGUCACUGUAUUAAUAAAAGUGUCACUUAAAUGGUUAUGACUUCCAAUUUCAUAGCAAAACUAAGAAGCAGAUGUUUCUUUUGGUUUCCUUCCUGACAUGGCAUCUCCAUGCAAAGUUCUUUAAGAUUAAAUUUGCCCUGGGAAACUGAAUUACGGGCCAAGUAUCAGUGGGGGGAAAGGUAUGAUAAAUAAUGAGACCCCUAUUACUGUAUUAGGGAGGUCCCAUAUUGCCAGUCUGAAUCCUGUCAAUCUGUUAUGGUCAUUUACCGAUGCUUUGUGUUGCUGUCUAUACUUGUCGAACAAACAUUUAUCUUGUCACAAUCAUUUUCUUUUUAUAUGCUGUAGCUACUUUUUGGAAAAGAGACUUAUCCUCAAUGCCUUUUUUUUAUUUUACUGAUGACUCCCACAUCUGUAAAUAUUAAAUGAACACAUUAAAAAUAAUAUGCAAACAAGCUUUUAAUAAUUUUUUUAAAAACUUUUCUUAGUCUUCAGGUAACUGUCAAGCUGGGUGAUGCCACCAUCCAAACUGUCAAUGUGUGGGAACUAGAGUCAUCAAGGAAGGCUGAUGACACAUUCUCUGAUCUCUGUGUUCCCUGUGUGCACUAUGCUACUUAUUAG